CCAGAAGGAAAGAGAGUGGAGGACCCAGGAGCAAGCCGCGGAGGUGCAGGUCGCGGCGGCUAGGGUACGGCGCCCUCCGCGUGAGCAGUUGCAGCGGCGGUGGCAGCAUCCAGCGGUGGUAGCAGCAGUUCCAGCCCGUUGCUUUACUUUUUGCUGCACACAGUCAUUAUGCCGAAGAGAAAGUCUCCAGAGAAUUCAGAGGGCAAAGAUGGAUCCAAAGUAACUAAACAGGAGCCCACAAGACGGUCUGCCAGAUUGUCAGCGAAACCUGCUCCACCAAAACCUGAACCUAAACCAAGAAAAACAUCUGCUAAGAAAGAACCUGCAACAAAGAUUAACAAAGGUGCUAGAGGGAAGAAGGAGGAAAAGCAGGAAGCUGGAAAGGAAGGUACUGCACCAUCUGAAAAUGGUGAAAAUAGAACUGAAGAGAUCCACAUCUCUCGCUCAACUGUUAAUGUCUCAACCUCCAGAGGUAUCCUACCCAGCACACUGUCAGUAAAGGGGCACAUUGAAACAGUGAGAGUUAAGGGUACAGUAGAAAAUUCUGCAUGUUUGCAGUGACUAGAAUCAGAUAGUAGCGUGGUGUUUUUAUGAACAGUGGAAGCUUGCAGGUAAGGCUUCCGUGGUUGUUUGAAAAGCAGAAAAAAAUAAAUGUAGAGAAGUGUCUGCAUAAUAUAUUCCUGCCUUGUUGGUUUUACAUCCAGAGUUGAAAUAGGUUUUGCAGUAGAGCUGCUAAAAAACAAGUGCUCAAAAGAGUGUGUGUUGGUGGGGUGGACUUUUCUUUGGCUUAUAGUUGUUUAGUAGUAACUAUCUUUUUUUUCUUCCUUUCUUUUUCACAGGCACAGAAAAUUGAAUCUGUAGAUAACGAGGGAGAAUGAAUUGUCAUGAAAAAUUGGGGUUGAUUUUAUGUACCUUUUGGGACAACUUUUAAAAGCUAUUUUUACCAAGUAUUUUGUAAAUGCUAAUUUUUUUAGGACUCUGCUAGUUGGCAUAUCAAUAAGGAUGGACAUUUUACCUUCUCAUAGUCCUGCUUUUUGGAAAUUUCCAUCAUUCUUGAGUAAAAUAAGUAUCAAUUUAAUAUUGGAAGCUGUGUGUAAAAUUGAUUCAGCAUUCCAUGCACUUGCUUUAAAAAUUUAGUCCUGUGCAUACUGUGGUGUUUAUACUGUGCAUAUUUGAAUUUUUCAUGCAGUUUUUCUAGAGCAAUAAUCAGUGGUGCUUUUGUACCUAGGUUUUAUGUGAUUUUAAUGAAACAUGGAUAGUUGUGGCCACCUGCUGACUGUGGUUUAAAAUAAAAGGUUUUCUUGCCUGCAAAA